GAGGAGCCGGUCGGGGGGGAGAGAGAGAGAGAGAGAGCCUUGCCUCCCGUCACUCGCUCUCACAACACCGUGAGAGCGCAGGACUCAUGCUGUCCUCCAGCACACACCCACACACACACUAGACACACUGAGAGGAGUGAGACACACUGAGACAAGAGUGUGAUAGGGAGAACGGGGUACAGCGGCGAGAGAGAGGGGAGAAAGAGGGAGGGACGCGGCAGGAGGAGAUAAAAUAAUCCAUAUCCUGACGGGAGAAAACAGAAGGAUUUUUUCUCUUUUCUCCUGAGGAGCUGCCAAUAACCCUCAGCGAAAGAUGGCAGAAGGGGGAGAAGGAGAAGAGGAGAUUCAGUUCCUGCGAACGGAUGACCAGGUGGUUCUGCAGUGUACUGCCUCCGUCCUGAAGGAGCAGCAGAUUAAACUAUGUCUAUCCUGUGAGGGUUUUGGGAACCGUCUGUGCUUCCUGGAAACCACAUCCAACGCUCAGAAUGUGCCCCCGGAUCUGGCCAUAUGUAGCUUCAUUCUGGAGCAGUCACUCUCCGUCCGUGCUCUGCAGGAGAUGCUGGCCAACACAGUGGAGAUGACAGAGUCGUCCCAAGGUGGAGGUCAUCGAACCUUACUGUACGGACAUGCCAUCCUCCUGAGACACCAUCACUCGGGCAUGUAUCUGAGCUGUCUGACUACAUCUCGGUCCCUCACGGACAAGCUGGCCUUUGAUGUGGGCUUACAAGAGGAUUCCAUUGGUGAGGCGUGUUGGUGGACCAUUCAUCCAGCCUCCAAGCAAAGAUCGGAAGGUGAAAAGGUCAGGGUGGGUGAUGACCUCAUCCUCGUCAGUGUGUCCUCCGAGAGAUACCUGCAUCUGUCCUACGCCAGCGGUGAUCUGAUGGUGGAUGCCUCUUUCAUGCAGACUCUGUGGAACAUGAACCCAAUUAGCUCUGGAUGUGAACUAGCUGAGGGGUUUCUAACAGGAGGUCACGUUCUCAGGCUCUUCCACGGCCACAUGGACGAGUGUCUGGCCAUCUCUACGCCAGAGGAAGGAGAGGAAAAGCGUAGGAUGGCUCACUACGAAGGCGGCGCCGUGUGCAGUCAGGCUCGAUCCCUGUGGAGGCUGGAGCCCCUCAGAAUCAGCUGGAGCGGCAGCCACAUGAAGUGGGGACAGUCUUUCCGUAUUCGCCACAUCACGACGGGCCGGUACCUGUGUCUUGAUGAGGAGAAGGGUCUGAUGGUUGUUGACCCGGAGAAGGCCAACACCAAACUGUCUGCGUUCUGCUUCCGUAUCUCAAAGGAGAAAGUGGAUGUGGCUCAGAAGCGUGAUGUUGAGGGGAUGGGCAUCCCAGAGAUAAAGUAUGGAGAGUCCAUGUGCUUUGUGCAGCAUGUGUCCACUGGUCUGUGGUUGACAUACGCCGCACUUGAUGCCAAAGCUGCUCGCUUGGGAAUGAUGAAGAGAAAGGUCAUUCUGCACCAAGAGGGUCAUAUGGACGAUGCCCUGACCGUGUCCCGCUCCCAGACUGAGGAAUCUCAGGCUGCUCGAAUGAUUUACAGCACGACGGGCCUCUUCAGGCAGUUCAUCAAGGGAUUGGACUCCCUCAGUGGGAAGAGCAAGUCGCCAUCAGCAGUGUCACUUCCCCUGGAGGGGGUGAUCCUCUCUCUGCAGGAUCUCAUCUUCUACUUUCGCCCCCCAGAGGAGGAACUGGAGCACGAGGAGAAACAGACCAAGCUCCGCUCCCUCCGCAACCGGCAGAACCUCUUCCAAGAGGAGGGAAUGAUCACCAUUGUGCUGGAGUGCAUCGACCGCCUGAACGUGUACAACACUGCUGCCCACUUUUCUGAAUUUGCCGGAGAGGAGGCUGCAGAGUCCUGGAAGGAGAUAGUCAACCUCCUUUAUGAGCUGCUGGCCUCUCUAAUCAGGGGGAACCGCUCUAACUGCGCUUUGUUCUGCGACAACCUGGACUGGCUGGUUAGCAAGCUGGAUCGUCUGGAGGCCUCUUCAGGUAUUCUGGAGGUGCUGUACUGUGUCCUAAUUGAAAGCCCUGAGGUUCUGAAUAUCAUCCAGGAGAACCACAUUAAAUCAAUCAUCUCCCUCCUGGACAAGCAUGGAAGGAACCACAAGGUGCUGGAUGUCUUGCGCUCUCUGUGUGUGUGUAACGGUGUCGCUGUGAGGUCCAACCAGAACCUCAUCACUGAAAACCUGCUGCCGGGUCGUGACCUCUUGCUGCAGACCAACAUUGUGAACUACGUCACCAGUGUGAGGCCCAACAUCUUCCUGGGUACGUGCGAGGGGUCCACACAGUAUAAGAAGUGGUACUAUGAGAUGAUGGUGGACUACGUGGAGCCCUUUGUGACAGCGCAGGCCUCUCACCUACGCGUGGGCUGGGCCAUGACUGAGGGCUAUAGCCCGUACCCUGGAGGAGGAGAAGGCUGGGGUGGAAACGGUGUUGGAGAUGACCUCUACUCUUAUGGUUAUGAUGGCCUGCAUCUGUGGUCAGGUACCGUUGCCCGUCAGGUGGCUUCGCCCAACGCACACACGCUGGCUGCAGAUGACGUCGUCAGCUGCUGUCUGGACCUGAGCGUACCGAGCAUCUCCUUCCGUAUCAACGGCCACCCAGUUCAGGGCAUGUUUGAAAACUUUAACGUGGACGGCCUCUUCUUUCCUGUCAUCAGCUUCUCUGCCGGAGUCAAGGCUCGCUUCCUCCUCGGUGGUCGCCACGGAGAGUUUAAGUUCAUGCCCCCACCGGGCUACGCCCCGUGCUACGAGGCCGUGCUCCCCCGGGAGAGGAUGCGCAUCGAACCCAUCAAGGAGUACAAGCACGACUUCGAAGGCGUGCGCAACCUCCUGGGCCCCACUCUGUCCCUCACCCACACCUCGUUCACGCCCUGCCCCGUGGACACGGUUCAGAUUGUGUUGCCACCCCACUUGGAGCGUAUCCGAGAGAAGCUGGCAGAAAAUAUUCACGAGCUCUGGGCUGUCACUCGUAUUGAGCAGGGCUGGACCUAUGGGUCUUUCAGGGACGACAACAAGAAGCUCCAUCCUUGUCUGGUGGACUUCCUGAGUCUGCCUGAACCAGAGAGGAACUACAACCUGCAGAUGUCUGGCGAGACUCUCAAGACUCUCCUGGCGCUGGGCUGCCAUGUCGGUAUGGGUGAUGAGAAAGCAGAGGAGAAUCUCAAGAAGAUCAAGUUGCCCAAGACCUACGUGAUGACCAACGGAUACAAGCCUGCCCCUCUUGACCUCAACCAUGUCAAACUGACGCCAAACCAGAAUCAGCUGGUCGAAAAACUGGCAGAAAACGGGCACAACGUUUGGGCGAGGGACCGCGUUCGGCAGGGGUGGACCUACAGCAUCGUGCAGGACAUCGUUAAUAAGCGAAACCCUCGUCUGGUACCGUACAACCUUCUGGACGAGAGAACCAAGAAAACCAACCGAGACAGCGUCAACAAUGCUGUCCGCACGCUCAUCGGUUAUGGCUACAACAUUGAGCCUCCAGAUCAGGAGAGCACUGGCCAUGGCCUUGAGAACAUCCGCGGGGACAAAGUGCGAAUCUUCCGGGCAGAGAAGACGUACGCCGUGACCCAAGGGAAGUGGUACUUUGAGUUCGAGGCCGUGACCACGGGGGAGAUGAGAGUGGGCUGGUCACGUCCUUGUGUCCGCUCCGACACUGAGCUGGGAGCAGAUGAACUGGCCUACGUCUUCAACGGCAAUAAGGCUCAAAGAUGGCACAUUGGCAAUGAACCAUUUGGUCGCCAGUGGCAGUCUGGUGACGUGGUCGGCUGUAUGAUUGACCUGACUGAGAUGAACAUCAUGUUCACUCUCAAUGGAGAAAUGCUGAUCAGUGACUCAGGAUCGGAGAUGGCUUUCAAGGACAUUGAAAUUGGGGAAGGUUUCAUCCCUGUGUGUGCACUGGGCCUGUCUCAAGUGGGCAGGAUUAACCUUGGGCAGAACGUCAGCAGCCUUCGCUAUUUUGCCAUCUGUGGCCUGCAGGAGGGAUUUGAACCUUUUGCCAUCAACAUGAAGCGAGACAUCACCAUGUGGUUCAGUAAAAGUUUGCCCCAGUUUGUGCCUGUACCCAUCGAUCACAAUCACAUUGAGGUUUCCCGUGUGGACGGGACGGUGGACAGCGCCCCCUGUCUAAAGCUGACUCAUAAGACGUUCGGGUCGCAGAACGCCAACACCGACAUGAUGUUCCUCAGGCUCAGCAUGCCCGUCCAGUUCCACGAGACCUUCAAGAUCCCGACCGGCACCACCCUUCUCACCCACCCCCUCACCAUACCGGAGGAAGAGGUUGUGGUCGUGGAGCCGGACUCUGAGUUUGAAAUUCUGAAGAAGUCUGCCAGUCGUAAGGAGCAGGAGGAGGACAAGAAGGAGCCGUCGGUUGCUAAGGAGAUCUCUGUGGAAAAUGAGAAAGAUACAGUGUCAGAAAAGGGAAAGAAAAGGGGAUUUUUCUCCAAAGCCAAGAAGGCGGCCAUGACGCCCCUGGCUCCUCCUCCUGCGCCUCCAGCGGUUCCACGUUUGGUGGAAGACGUGGUCCCUGAUGACCGAGAUGACCCUGAGAUCAUCCUGAAUACCACCACUUAUUACUACUCGGUGAGGAUCUUUGCUGGCCAGGAGCCCUCUCUUGUGUGGAUCGGUUGGGUCACUCCGGACUACCACCAGUACGAUCCGACCUUUGACCUCUCCAAAGUGCGCAGUGUCACCGUCACUGUUGGAGACGACAGAGGCAACAUUCAUGACAGUAUGAAGCACAGUAACUGCUACAUGGUCUGGGGAGGGGACCUGGUCAGCAAUCAGACGACCCGCUUCAGUCAGGAGGACAUGGUGAUUGGCUGCCUGGUCGACCUGGCAACAGGCCUCAUGACCUUCACAGCCAAUGGAAAGGAGAUCAACACCUUCUACCAGGUGGAGCCCAACACCAAGCUCUUCCCGGCCGUCUUCAUCCAACCCUCCAAUCAGAACAUGGCACAGCUGGAGCUGGGCAAACUGAAGAACAUCAUGCCCAUCUCCGCCGCCAUGUUCCGCAGUGAACGUAACAACCCGGUGCCACAGUGCCCUCCCAGGCUGGACGUCCAGAUGCUGACCCCGGUCAUCUGGAGCCGGAUGCCCAAUCACUUCCUCAACCCCGAGGUGUGCAGAGUGAGUGAGAGGUUGGGCUGGAUGGUGGAGUGUACUGAGCCUCUCAUCAUGAUGGCGCUGCACAUCCCAGAGGAGAACAGAUGCAUUGACAUCCUGGAGCUGUCAGAACGUCUGGAUCUGAUGAAGUUCCACUACCACACGCUCAUGCUCUACUGCGCCGUGUGUGCGCUUGGCAACAACCGAGUGGCUCACGCUUUGUGCAGCCACGUGGACGAAUCCCAGCUCUUCUACGCCACUGAGAACACCUACCUGCCCGGACCUCUCCGCAGCGGCUACUACGACCUGCUCAUCAGCAUUCACCUGGAGUCGGCCAAACGGGCGCGCUUGGGAACCAACAGGGAGUUCAUCGUCCCCAUGACCGAAGAGACCCUCAGCAUCCAUCUCUAUCCCGAUUUAAAGAAGGCCCAUUCUCUUCCCGGCGUUGGCCUCACCACCUGUUUACGGCCAAAGCUGCAUUUUUCAUCUAUCAACUUUGUCGGUACAGACCCUGAUCUGUACACCCUAAGUCCUGUCUUCCCUCUGCAGGACCUGAAAACAAGAGCAAUUAGCAUGUUAACAGAGGCCGUGCUGGACGGUAGCCAGGCCAUGAGGGAUCCAGUAGGAGGCAGCGUGGAGUUCCACUUUGUCCCAAUCCUGAAGCUGAUCAGCACGCUCCUCAUCAUGGGCAUCUUCAACGACGAGGACACCAAGCACAUCCUGAAGAUGAUCGACCCCAACGUUUUCAGCGGGAAGGAAGAGGAGGAGGAAGAGGAAGAGAAAGCCGCGGAGGGUGGAGCCGCUGAAGGCGAGGAAGACGAGGAGGACGCCGAGUUUGAGGACGAAGGGAUGGGCGACGAGGAGGAGGAGGAGCUGAAAGAGAUGGAGAAAGAGCUUGAGGAGGAACCUAAGGAGGAGGGAGAAGGGGUGGCAGGGGAGGAGGGAGGCGCCGCGGGGCAGAAGGUGGAUGGGGAGAAAGCAGAGGAGGAGAAGGAGGCGGAGGCUGGUGAAGAAGAAGCGAAGGAGGAGGAGGAAGGUCUGGAGGAGGGGCUGCUGCAGAUGAAGCUGCCAGAGUCUGUCAAACUGCAGAUGUGCACCCUCCUGCAGUACUUCUGCGACUGCGAGCUGAGACACAGAGUGGAAGCCAUUGUUGCCUACUCUGACCAGUUCGUCCACGGCAUUCAGGAUAACCAGCGCGUUCGUUACAACUUGUUGAUGAAAGCCUUCACCAUGUCUGCUGCUGAAACCGCACGCAAGACCCGCGAGUUCCGCUCUCCGCCACAUGACCAGGUUCUUCUGUUGACUAACUUUAAACACGGUCCAGAGGACGAAGAGUGUCCAGUGCCGGAGGACGUGCGGGAGACUUUGUCAUAUUUCCACAACGACCUCCUGCUUCAUUGCGGUAUACAUAUUGAGGAGGAGGCAGAGGAGGAGGAGGUGGACACGUCACUGAGAGGCAGACUCCUUAGUCUGGUGGACAAGGUUAAAAGCUUGCGCAAGAAGGAGGUGGAGGAGGAGAAGCCAGAGGUUGAAGAAGAGGCAAAACCCAGCACCCUCCAGGAACUGAUCUCUCACACUAUGAUCCACUGGGCCCAGGAGUCGUUCAUCCAGAACCCUGAGCUGGUGCGUCUCAUGUUCAGCCUGCUCCACAGACAGUACGAUAACCUGGGCGAGCUGAUCCGAGCGCUGCCCAAAGCCUACGCCAUCAACGCCGUGUCCGUUCAGGACACCAUGGACCUUCUCGAGUGUCUAGGACAGAUCCGCUCGCUGCUCAUUGUCCAGAUGGGUCCAGAGGAGGAGCGGCUUAUGAUCCAGAGCAUCGGGAAUAUCAUGAACAACAAGUUGUUCUAUCAACACCCCAAUCUGAUGAGAGCCCUGGGUAUGCACGAGACUGUCAUGGAGGUGAUGGUCAACGUGUUGGGUGGAGGUGGAGACUCAAAGGAGAUUCGAUUCCCUCAGAUGGUGACGAACUGCUGCCGUUUCCUCUGCUACUUCUGUCGUAUCAGCAGACAGAACCAGCGCUCUAUGUUUGACCAUCUCAACUAUCUGCUGCAGAACAGCGGCAUUGGCUUGGGCAUGCGUGGAUCCACACCUCUGGAUGUGGCUGCCGCCUCCUGCAUUGACAACAAUGAGCUGGCUUUGGCCUUGCAAGAGCAGGACCUGGAAAUGGUGGUGUCGUACCUGGCGGGCUGUGGGCUGCAGAUGUGUCCAAUGCUGCUGUCUAAGGGCUACCCGGAUAUCGGCUGGAACCCCUGCGGAGGAGAGCGAUACCUGGACUUCCUCCGCUUUGCUGUCUUUGUCAAUGGUGAGAGCGUGGAGGAGAACGCCAACGUUGUGGUGCGUCUGCUCAUCCGUCGCCCAGAGUGCUUCGGCCCGGCCCUGAGAGGAGAGGGGGGGAAUGGUCUGCUGGCAGCCAUGGAGGAGGCCAUCAAGAUAUCAGAGGAUCCAGCAAGAGACGGACCCACCGUCAAAAAAGACAGACGCUUCAUGUUUGGUGGGGAAGAACAACACGAGGAGAACCGCGUGCAUUUGGGAAAUGCCAUCAUGUCGUUCUACUCAGCCCUCAUCGAUCUGCUGGGUCGCUGCGCCCCAGAGAUGCAUCUGAUCCAAGCAGGAAAGGGUGAAGCUCUGCGAAUCAGGGCCAUCCUGAGGUCUCUGGUGCCCAUAGAGGACCUGGUGGGAGUUAUCAGCUUACCUGUGCAGAUCCCCGCCUACGGCAAAGAUGGUCAGAUUAUUGAGCCCAAGAUGUCGGCCAGUUUUGUGCCAGACCACAAGGCCUCCAUGGUGCUGUUCCUUGACAGAGUGUAUGGCAUCGAAAACCAGGACUUCUUGCUUCACGUCCUGGAGGUUGGCUUCCUGCCUGACAUGAGAGCUUCCGCUUCUUUGGAUACGGUGGCGUUCAGUACAACUGAAAUGGCCUUGGCUCUGAACCGCUACCUCUGUUCGGCUGUUCUGCCUCUGCUCACCAAGUGUGCGCCUCUGUUUGCUGGGACAGACCACCGGGCCAUCAUGAUCGACUCCAUGCUCCACACCAUUUACCGUCUGUCCCGCGGCCGAGCCCUCACCAAGGCUCAGAGGGACGUUAUUGAAGAGUGUCUCAUGUCGCUCUGCAAGUACCUUCGACCCUCCAUGCUUCAGCAUCUGCUUAGAAGGCUGGUGUUUGACGUCCCCAUCCUCAACGAAUACGCAAAGAUGCCUCUCAAGCUGUUGACCAAUCACUACGAGCGCUGCUGGAAGUACUACUGUUUACCAAACGGAUGGGCGAAUUUCGGGGUGACCUCAGAGGAGGAGCUGCAUCUUUCCCGGAAACUCUUUUGGGGAAUCUUUGAAUCACUGGCACACAAGAAAUUUGACGCUGAGCUCUUUAAGAUCGCCAUGCCCUGCCUCUGUGCCAUAGCCGGAGCCAUCCCUCCCGACUACGUGGACGCCACCUACUCUCACACUGAGAAAAAAGCCUCGGUGGACGCUGAGGGCAACUUUGAUCCCAAACCAGUGGAGACCACCAACACCAUCAUCCCAGAAAGGCUGGAUGCUUUUAUCAACAAGUAUGCAGAACACACCCACGACAAAUGGGCUUUUGAAAAGAUUCAGAACAACUGGACCUAUGGGGAGGUGUUAGACGAGAACGCAAAGACUCACCCGAUGCUCCGGCCGUACAAAACAUUCUCCGAGAAGGACAAGGAGAUCUAUCGCUGGCCCAUUAAGGAAUCCAUCAAAGCCAUGCUGGCCUGGGAGUGGACCUUGGAGAAAGCCAGGGAUGGAGAGGGAGAAGUUGAGAAGAAGGCGGCCACGCGCAAGAUCUCCCAAACCGCUCAGGCCACUUAUGAUCCCAGUCACGGCUACAACCCACAGCCAAUAGACAUCGCUGGAAUGGCCCUGUCCAGAGAGCUUCAGUCUAUGGCUGAGCAGCUGGCUGAGAACUACCACAACACCUGGGGCAGGAAGAAGAAGUUGGAGCUGCAAUCCAAAGGUGGUGGCACUCAUCCGCUGCUUGUGCCUUACGACACCCUGACGGCGAAGGAGAAGGCCCGGGACAGGGAGAAAGCUCAGGACCUUCUCAAGUUCCUCCAGCUCAAUGGAUACGCUGUGACAAGGGGUAUGAAGGACAUGGAGCAGGACAUCUCCUCCAUCGAGAAGCGCUUCGCCUACGGUUUCCUCCAGAAGCUUCUCAAAUGGAUGGACAUCGCCCAGGAGUUCAUCGCUCAUCUUGAGGCUGUUGUUAGCAGUGGUAGAGUGGAGAAGUCACCACAUGAACAGGAGAUUAAAUUCUUCGCCAAGAUCCUCUUGCCGCUGGUGAAUCAGUACUUCAAGAACCACUGCCUGUACUUCCUCUCCACUCCUGCUAAAGUGUUGGGCAGUGGUGGACAUUCCUCCAACAAGGAGAAGGAGAUGAUUGCCAGUAUCUUCUGUAAGUUGGCUGCUUUGGUGAGGCACAGAGUAUCUCUUUUUGGAACGGAUGCAGGUGCAGUGGUAAACUGUCUGCACAUCCUCUCACGAUCACUGGACGCCAGGACCGUUAUGAAGUCGGGUCCUGAGAUCGUGAAGGCCGGCCUGCGUCAGUUCUUUGAGAGCGCUGCAGAUGACAUCGAGAAGAUGGUUGAGAAUCUGAAGCUGGGCAAAGUGUCCAGUCGAAACCAGGUUAAAGGUGUGUCCCAGAACAUCAACUACACCACCACCGCUCUGCUUCCAGUCCUCACGUCUCUGUUUGACCACAUCGCCCAGCACCAGUUUGGAGAUGAUGUCAUCUUGGACGACUUGCAAAUAUCCUGCUAUCGCUUAAUGUGCAGCAUCUACUCUUUGGGCACCGUGAAGACUCCACAUGUAGAGAAACAGCGACCAGCUCUUGGCGAGUGUUUGGCUCACUUAGCAGCUGCUAUGCCAGUCGCCUUCCUCGAGCCGUCGCUGAAUGAGUUCAACGCGUUUUCUGUCUACACGACCAAGACUCCCAGAGAGAGAUCCAUUCUGGGCCUUCCCAACCAAGUAGAGGAGCUGUGCACCGAUAUUCCAGAGCUGGAGAUCCUGAUGAAAGAGAUCCACGACCUGGCCGAAUCCGGCGCUCGCUACACGGAAAUGCCCCACGUGAUCGAGAUCACUCUGCCCAUGUUGUGCAACUACCUCCCACGCUGGUGGGAGAGGGGCCCGGAGAAUUUCCCGGAGCAGGAGGGCCAGCUCUGCACGGCCGUCACCUCCGAGCAGCUCAACCAGCUGCUGGGCAGCAUCAUGAAGAUUGUGGUGAACAACCUGGGCAUAGAUGAGGCCUCCUGGAUGAAGAGAUUAGCAGUGUUCGCCCAGCCCAUCGUCAGCAGGGCCAAACCAGAGAUGCUCAAGUCCCACUUCAUCCCCACCAUGGAGAAGCUGAAGAAGCGCUCGGGGAAGGUGGUGGCAGAGGAGGACCAUCUGCGCAUGGAGGGCAAAACGGAGGUGGACAGCGAAAACGGGACCAUCCGCGACGAGUUCGCUGUGCUGUGCCGGGACUUGUACGCUCUCUACCCUUUGCUCAUCCGCUACGUGGACAAUAACAGAGCGAGGUGGUUGACAUGUCCAGACCCAGAUGCAGAGGAACUUUUCAGGAUGGUGGGAGAGGUCUUUAUAUUCUGGUCCAAAUCUCAUAACUUUAAGAGGGAGGAGCAGAACUUCGUGGUGAUGAAUGAGAUCAACAACAUGUCCUUCCUGACAGCUGACAGUAAGAGCAAAAUGAGCAAGGCCGGAGACGGAGAGUCCGGAGGCUCGGAGCAGGAGCGCACCAAGAAGAAGCGGCGGGGGGAUCGCUACUCCGUCCAGACCUCUCUCAUUGUAGCGGCGCUAAAGAAGAUGCUGCCCAUCGGCCUCAAUAUGUGCUCUCCUGCAGACCAGGAGCUCAUCAAUGUUGCCAAGAUCAGAUACUCACUGAAAGACACAGAUGAGGAGGUGAGAGAAUUCCUGCAAAACAAUCUGCACCUGCAAGGCAAGGUGGAGGACCCGGCCAUGCGCUGGCAGAUGUCUCUUUAUAAGGAGAUGUCUGGAAAAGCCGAAGAUGCCGAGGAUCCCGAGAAGGUGGUGAAAAGGGUGCAAGAGGUGUCGGCCGUCCUUUACCACAUAGAGGUGACUGAACAUCCCUUCAAGUCAAAGAAAAUGGUUUGGCACAAGCUGCUGUCUAAGCAGCGUCGCAGAGCGGUGGUGGCUUGUUUCAGGAUGACACCUCUGUACAACAUCCCCAGGCACCGGGCCACCAACAUGUUCUUGGACGCUUACAAGCGUAACUGGCUGGAGACUGAGGGCUACUCAUUUGAAGACAAGAUGAUUGACGACUUAUCAAAAGCCAUGGAGGAAGAGGAGGAAGAGGAAGAGGAGACCGAGACGAAGCCUGACCCCCUUCAUCAGCUGAUUCUUCAUUUCAGCCGAACAGCUCUCACAGAAAAGACUAAACUUGAUGUUGACCAUCUCUAUAUGUCGUAUGCUGAUAUUAUGGCAAAGAGCUGCCACAUUGGUGAGGAGGACGAAGGGGGAGAACAGGAGGGGGAGGAGCCAUCCUUUGAGGUGCGACAGACAGAGAUGGAAAAGGAGAUGGAGAAACAGAGACUCCUGUACCAGCAGUCCCGUCUGCACAACCGCGGGGCUGCAGAGAUGGUGCUGCAAAUGAUCAGCGCCUGUAAAGGUGAACCUGGAGUCAUGGUUUCUUCAACACUCAAACUGGGAAUCUCCAUCCUCAACGGAGGCAACAGCGACGUACAGCAGAGAAUGCUGGACUAUCUGAAGGAUAAAAAGGAUGUGGGAUUCUUCCUUAGCGUUCAGGCUCUGAUGCAGACCUGCAGCGUUUUGGACUUGAACGCUUUUGAGAGGCAGAACAAGGCUGAAGGACUGGGGAUGGUUUCAGAGGAGGGGACGAAUAAGAAGCUAGAACGUGAUGAGAAAGUGAUGGCAGACGAUGAAUUUACGUGUGACCUCUUCCGCUUCCUGCAGCUUCUUUGUGAGGGCCACAAUAACGAUUUCCAGAACUACCUGAGAACUCAGACAGGCAGCACCACUACCAUCAAUAUCAUCAUCUGCACUGUGGACUACCUGCUCCGACUACAGGAGUCGAUCAGUGACUUUUACUGGUACUACUCAGGAAAAGACAUCAUCGAUGAGCCUGGUAAGAGGAAUUUCUCCAAAGCAAUGACCGUGGCCAAGCAGGUCUUCAACAGCUUGACUGAGUACAUCCAGGGUCCCUGCACUGGGAACCAACAGUCUCUGGCUCACAGCAGAUUGUGGGACGCUGUCGUUGGGUUCCUGCACGUCUUUGCUCAUAUGAUGAUGAAACUCGCUCAGGAUCAUUUUUGGACUAGAGCACCCUCUGAGGACUCCAGUCAAAUUGGAUUAUUGAAAGAACUGUUGGAUCUGCAGAAGGACAUGGUAGUGAUGCUUCUGUCACUACUUGAAGGUAAUGUGGUGAACGGCACAAUCGCCAGGCAAAUGGUUGACAUGUUGGUGGAGUCCUCCAGCAACGUGGAGAUGAUCCUGAAGUUCUUCGACAUGUUCCUCAAGCUCAAAGACAUAGUGGCGUCCGACGCCUUCCGCGACUACGUGACCGACCCACGUGGGCUCAUCUCGAAGAAGGACUUCUCCAAAGCCAUGGACAGUCAGAAGCAAUACUCGCCCUCGGAAAUCCAGUUCCUCCUCUCUUGCUCGGAGGCCGACGAGAACGAGAUGAUCAACUUUGAGGAGUUUGCCGAUCGCUUCCAGGAGCCGGCCAAAGACAUUGGUUUCAAUAUCGCAGUUCUGCUCACGAACCUGUCGGAGCACGUUCCCCACGACACUCGCCUUCAGAACUUCCUGGAGCAGGCGGAAAGCGUGCUCAACUAUUUCCGCCCUUUCCUCGGCCGCAUUGAGAUCAUGGGAGCCAGCAGGAAGAUCGAGCGCAUUUACUUUGAAAUCAGCGAGGCGAACCGCAACCAGUGGGAGAUGCCGCAGGUCAGAGAGUCCAAGCGGCAGUUCAUCUUCGACGUGGUCAACGAGGGCGGCGAGAGCGAGAAGAUGGAGAUGUUUGUCAACUUCUGCGAGGACACCAUCUUUGAGAUGAACAUUGCGGCGUCCAUCUCCGAGCCCGAGGGAGAUGGCGCGGAAGAAGAAGACGACGAGGAAGAAGAGGAAGGCGCGGCGGAGGAAGGCGACUCUGGAGAAGGAGAGGAAGGCAACGGUGAGGCCGAAGCUCCGGAGUCAACUUCUGCCUUUGCGGAAUUCCUGAAGAGCGUCGUGAACUUCUUCAACAUGUUCACCUUCCGUAAUCUGCGCCGUCGCUACCGCAAGCUACGAAAAAUGACGGUGAAGGAGAUGGUGGUCGGCCUGGUUACGUUUGUCUACACCGUUCUGAUGGGCAUCCUGAUAUUUGUCUAUAACAUAUGUAAGGGCUUCUUCACGCUAAUAUGGAAGGUGCUGUUCGGUGGAGGUUUGGUAGAGGGUGCGAAGAAGAUGACGGUCACGGAGAUUCUAGCCAGCAUGCCGGAUCCAACACAAGAUGAAGUCCAUGGGGAACUGCCUCCCGAACCGCGUACUCGAGAAAUCCAAGAUGCAGAUGGAGGAGCGGAUAUCUUAGACGCUGUCGGGGGAGAAGAAGAAGAAGAGGACGGCGAGGACAGGGAAGGUGGACGGCAACCUGGUUUCAAUACUCCCGGGGGACUUGGAGACUUUGGAGAGACGACAACAGAAGAGCCUCCAACUCCAGAGGGGACGCCGCUACUGAAGAGGAAACUGCUGGCUGCUGCAGUGGGAGGACAAGAGGAGGAGGUGAAACCUGAAACUGAAGAAGAACCUCCUCAGGAGACAGAGAAAGCAGACACUGAGAACGGAGAGAAGACGGAGAAGACGGAGAAGGCUGCUGAGCCUGAGCCUGAAAAGGUGGAGGAAGAGCCCGAGGAACCGGAGGAGAAAACCGUGAAGGCGAAGGUGAAGAAGGACAAGAAACAAGCUGAAGAAGGUUUUGAGCUGUGGAACGAGCUGGAGAUUCAGAGGAUUAAAUUCAUGAACUACCUUUCCCGUAACUUCUACAACCUUCGCUUCUUGGCCCUGUUCAUCGCCUUCGCUCUCAACUUCAUCCUGCUCUUCUACAAGGUGUCUGAAAGUCCUCCAGGUGAGGAAGACUACGAGGGGUCCGGUCUGUUUGAAGGUUCUGGUCUGUUUGAGGGCUCCGGUGCUGAGGAGGAAGGGUCUGGAUUAGGAGAAGGAGAAGGAGGAGAAGAUGAAGAUGAAGAAGGUCCCUUGUACUACUUCUUGGAGGAGAGCACAGGCUACAUGGAGCCGGCCAUGGCUUUCUUCGGCAUCGUCCACACCAUCAUUUCCUUCCUCUGCAUCAUCGGCUACAACUGCCUCAAGGUCCCUCUGGUUAUCUUCAAAAGAGAGAAAGAACUGGCCAGAAAGCUGGAGUUUGAUGGUCUCUAUGUCACUGAGCAGCCUGAGGACGAUGACAUCAAGGGCCAGUGGGACAGACUGGUGCUCAACACUCCAUCUUUCCCCAACAAUUACUGGGAUAAGUUUGUGAAGAGAAAGGUUCUGGAUAAAUACGGUGACAUCUACGGCAGGGAGAGGAUUGCGGAGCUGCUCGGUAUGGACCUCGCUUCUCUGGACGUCAGCGCCAUGACGCACGAAAAGAAGCCCGAACCCGACACCUCCAUGUUUAGCUGGAUAACAUCUAUUGACAUCAAAUACCAGAUCUGGAAGUUCGGUGUUGUUUUCACCGACAAUACUUUCCUCUACCUGGUUUGGUACAUGUUGAUGUCUCUGCUCGGACACUACAACAACUUCUUCUUUGCCUGUCAUCUCCUGGACAUCGCCAUGGGUGUGAAAACCCUGCGCACCAUCCUGUCCUCAGUCACCCACAACGGCAAACAGCUGGUGAUGACGGUGGGUCUGCUGGCCGUCGUCGUGUACCUGUACACCGUGGUGGCCUUCAACUUCUUCCGCAAGUUCUACAACAUGAGCGAAGACGAGGACGAGCCGGACAUGAAGUGUGACGACAUGAUGACUUGUUACCUGUUCCACAUGUACGUGGGCGUUCGCGCCGGUGGCGGCAUAGGAGACGAGAUCGAGGACCCGGCUGGAGAUGAGUACGAGCUCUACAGAGUCGUCUUUGACAUCACCUUCUUCUUCUUUGUCAUUGUCAUCCUGCUGGCUAUCAUCCAAGGUCUGAUCAUCGACGCCUUUGGAGAACUGAGAGACCAGCAGGAGCAGGUCAGAGAGGACAUGGAGACAAAGUGCUUCAUCUGCGGAAUAGGAAGCGACUACUUUGACACGACGCCGCACGGCUUCGAGACGCACACUUUAGAGGAGCACAACUUAGCCAACUACAUGUUCUUCUUGAUGUAUCUCAUCAAUAAGGAUGAAACAGAACACACAGGACAGGAGUCGUAUGUGUGGAAGAUGUACCAGGAGCGAUGCUGGGACUUCUUCCCGGCUGGAGACUGCUUCAGGAAGCAGUAUGAGGACCAGCUCGGAUAAAGUCCUCCGUCUUUAUAAAUACGCGACUUAAAGGGGAGCGAUGGGGGGGGAGGAGGAGGAGGAGGGAAAGUCAGAGAAAGGAAAAGAAAAGAAGUGAAACUUCACUUCACACACAUCCUGUCUUAGUUUUGUCUUUUGUCUGCACAUCUCUCUCCUCUGUUGAAGCUAUGCACUUUGACUGCACUAUUGUUCCACCUGCAGGAAAAAUGUCGAUGGGUUUGAUUAAGAAGAGCAGAAUAUUUCUAUCAAAAAAAAAAAGGCGUCCGACGGCACAAGAAGCCUUUUUUUUGUUUCACCUACAAAUACACUACAUGGCCUUUUUUUUGUGUAAAAUAUACAUAGAUUGCCUUGCAUAUCAAAUGCGUCUUUACACAAGGGGCUGUUUUUAGUCGCUGCUGCUGUAAACGUUAUAGUGCCUAUAGCAAUGUCACUGCUCUCGCCAUUAGCUUGUUUUAGACUGUUUUAGUUUUAACAUUGACAUUAGAGGUGGAUACGUCUUAUUUUUUUUUUAUUGUUUGUACUUUUUUUUUCUUUCAUUUUCUGAUUGUUGAUUGUCAGUGAGUUUGGACGGAACGUGACUCUGAGACCGUUGAGGGAAGCGGUGGAUGCUUUUUUGGCCUCCCUUUAUUUUCCCUCAAGACACGACAUUAAAAAAAAAAAAAAAAAAACAAGCCAUCGUGAAUGGAACUUUUUUCCGAGAUACCGAACGUAGUAGCAUCUGCGUACGUGACUCAUAAUGAAACACUGGUGCGACUCGGCUGUACAGACAAAAAAAACCCAGUUGACACUCUGAAGUCUUACGAUGUGCGUCCCCCCCGGCUGUGUGUGUGUGUGUGUGUGUGUGUCUCCGUCCCCCCCGCUGUCUCCGCCGGUGUCUCCGUGUCUCCAUAUAAGAUAGUGAGGACGUACGCACACGUGCAGCACAGGACGACGCCACGGUUACUUUAUUUAUUGUUUGUAUGCAGAUCGAACCUUCUGAAGACGACCGUUUUAGCCCGUCUGUGUAUCUGGCCGACAGUCUGUUUUACGACACUUUAUGCACAAGUAAGUUUUUUGUGAGUGCAUUAAAAAAUAAGUAAUGAAUGUAUUUAAUGUAUACAUUUCACCAAAGUGUCAUCUGUGUAACUGAGUAAUGACCAGGCUGCUUAGAGGCCUUUCGGAUGAAAAUACAUAUUUUACAUAAACCAUAGAUAUACAUAUAUUUAUUUUUCUUUGGGGGCUUUGAGGAAUUUAAAUGAUCCGCGCUACUUUAUCAGACAUGAACACGUGUAACUGUUUGUGAACGAGGAAUAUAAUCUCAAGUAAAAUGCCCAGUUUGCAGUCAGAAGAGAAAAUUUAAUUUGGCUUUUGUUUUUUGCUAGUUAGGUUUUUACGAUAGAUAUUUUUAGGAACUCGGCCGUUUACCGUUUAUUUUUCUCAACCAAAAAAAAAAAAAAACAAGUCACGUGUGAUGCAUUGAUCUCAGACAGUUCUGUCUCACCGCGCUUCAUUUUCGAAAAACAAAACGUGCAAACUCUCCAUCUCAGAUUUAACGUUUUCUUUUUCUUUUUUUUUUUUUUGUUUUGGGCUGUCGAUGCUACGGAGCUGAAUGCAGAUCACUACUUUCCACCUGACUGAGUGUCCUCUGACUGAACCCUGUGUUUCAAUACAGAAUAAACAGAUUAUUUUAAGGAGAA